AUGGUGGAACAGGACGUGAGAGUGGAGGCCUGUGUGAGGCAAAAGGUAGACACCACCACAUUAAUUCAGGACAUUCUAAAGGGUGCAUACAAGUCCAUGGGAAUGUCCAACCUGACAAGACUCUCUGAAUUCAUCCUCGUAGGACCGUCCUCUCACCCUGAGGACCAGAAGCCACUCUUUGCCCUCUUUCUUAUCAUGUACCUGGUCACCUUGGUGGGGAAUCUGCUCAUCAUCUUGGCUAUCCGCUCUGAUCCUAAACUCCAAAACUCCAUGUAUUUCUUCCUGAGCAUCUUGUCCUUUGCUGGUAUCUGCUACACAACAGUCAUAGUCCCCAAGAUGUUAGUGAACUUAUCAGAGGCGAAAACCAUCUCCUAUGCUGAAUGUCUGGCAUAGAUGUAUUUCUUCCUGGUCUUUGGAAACAUAGACAGUUAUCUCCUGGCAGCUAUGGCCAUUGACCACUAUGUAGCCAUUUGUAACCCCUUCCAUUAUGUCACUGUGAUGAACCACAGACACUGUAUGCUGCUAGUGGCCUUCUCCAUAGCUUUCUCCUGCCUCCACUCCCUUCUACAUGCCCUCCUGGUGAAUCGGCUCACCUUCUGUGCAUCAAACGUUAUCCAACAUUUCUGUGAUGUCAACCCUGUUCUAAAACUGGCCUGUUCUUCCUCUUCUGUCAACAAAAUCGUGGCCAUGACAGAAGGGAUGGCUUCUGUGAUGGCCCCAUGUAUCUGCACUGUCAUCUUUUACCUGAGAAUCCUCAUUGCUCUCUUCAAUAUUCCCUCAGUGGCUGGAAAAUGCAAAGCCUUCUCCACCUGCAGCUCCCAUCUCACAGUGGUGACUCUGUUUUAUGGGAGUAUUGGCUAUGUCUAUUUCCACCCUUUGUCCACCUAUACUGUCAAAGACCGAGUAGCAACAAUCAUCUACACUGUACUGACAUCUAUGUUGAAUCCAUUUAUCUACAGUUUGAGAAACAAAGACAUGAAACAGGGCUUAGAGAAACUGAUAAGCAGGAUUAAGGCUCAAAUGGAUAUGCUUUCUACUACACAAGCCAACAAAAUCCGUGGAUCCUGA